AUUUAUAGUCGGAUAUUUUCUGACAAGCGUAGAAAAACUUUCAUCAACAGCCGCCAUAUUGGUUUAAGGCAGUCAGAGAAAAUAAGAUUUUAUUCUCAAUAAUACCGUAAUUUCACCCCAUGUACUUUUAUUUAUGUAGUGGUUUUAAUUGUUUAAGGUGUAUUGUGUUAGGAAGAAACGUGAAAUUCUGUGUAUUUGUGUCUCAAAGUGAUAUUAGUGCAUGAUUUACAUCUGGAUCAUUGUGUAGUUCCAAGAAAGAUGGAGAGAGGGACGGUGGUGUAAGCUCAUCCAGCUUGCUUGGGGGCUUCAUUAUGCCCAGUGGUGAAUUUUGAAUCAUUAAUAUGUGCCUUGAGAGAUGUUUAAACAUCGAACUUGUGGCACAAUUCGAUUUAAAACCACUUUAUGUAGACGAAAUACAUAUAAAACCAUGUGUAGUGGUUUCGAAUUGUUAUAAAUACGGAUCAGUGUAGUAUAGUAGGCACGGCAUUGUAAACAGGGGAGAUAUGGCCGAACAUCUUGUCGAUGGUCCGCCAAACAAGCGGCAGAAAUUAACAGAUCCUUUUCAAGGCCCCUCGGACUCUUCGGGCGUUAUGGCGCCUGGGAACUUGAUGAGGCACGCAUACGGAAACUAUGGAAUGCAAGGCGGAAUGACAACUCAACAACAGCAGCAGUGGAACCCUACGAAGAGAACCGAUAUAUUCAGUAGUACAGACAUGUUUGAUCUGGAAAAUGAUUUACCUGAUGAGCUUAAUUCAUGGGGGACAACAUCAGAUGCUCCUCCUAGUAGUAAGCCCCCAGCGACAGGUCCUGGACCAGGUCAAAUACAAAAUGGGGCUAUCGAAUCCCAAGACCAAAGAAUGCAGCAUCAUCUUCUUUCUCAGGGUGCAAAAACCCAAUUAGUCGCAAUGGGAGGAGGGUUGAAAGGUCAAGCAGGUUCACUUCAGUCUCCUCCCAACGUAUCGGUUAGUAAAUCUGGUGUUGUCGAUCAAAUGGUAGUUCCAAUGCAACAUCAACUUCAACAAUCUUCAAUCAAUAAUGCUGGACCAGGUAUGAUAAUGACCAGUUCUGCUUUGAACCCAAUGACCGGUACGUUAGUUGUCACGAACAAGCAACCUCUUCCAGCUUCAGCUGUUACAACCAUGAUGGUACAACAGUCAAAUGCUAAUGCACCUCAACAGCAAGUUGGGUUGCUUCCGGGACAGAAUGGACCAAUUGGAGGGAUGAGGGGGGUUGCAAUGCAGAGCCAUUUAGUCAACAGGGUACAGAGUCCUCUACAUUCAAUCAAUGUUCAGCAGCCUAGGCUACAGGCCAAUAACAUGGCUGGUCUCGGAGGUGCUCCAUAUGGUUAUGGCGGCGUAGUAGCACCUCAGCAGAGGCCUGUACCUCCCAAUCUUUCUGCUAUACAGCAGACACGGUUUGCCCCCAAUUUAGGAGGAGGAAAUCCUGUUGAUGGAGGAUUAGCAAGUGGCCCCACAGGGGCUGCGCCAAAUGCCUCUCCUGCUGUAACUGGGGCCCCUGUACCUCAGGUUCCAUCGCAGCCUCCUACAUCAACUUCUGCUGAUCCUGAGAAAAGAAAAUUGAUACAACAACAACUCGUUUUGUUGUUGCAUGCUCAUAAAUGUCAGAGGAGAGAAAACCAAUCUAAUGGAGAGAAUUCACAAUGUACUCUACCUCAUUGUAUGACGAUGAAAAAUGUUUUGAAUCACAUGACAACAUGCCAAGCUGGUAAAACAUGUUCUGUUCCUCAUUGCUCUUCGUCCAGACAAAUUAUUUCCCAUUGGAAACACUGUACUAGACCUGAUUGUCCUGUUUGUCUUCCUUUGAAGCAAGCCGACCGACACAGAGGAGUUAAUACAAAUGCUGUAGGAAACCAGAAUGCUAAUGCAGGUCCAACCAACCCUUCUGCAUCCGAUAUGAGAAGAGCAUACGAUGCACUUGGUAUUCAAUGCCCUACCUCAGCAGGUGGCGGUGGGAACCAACUCCUUGGUGCAGCGAUUCCUCGCCCCCGGCUCCCAGGUGUUGCUCCCACUGCUCGAGUUCCUCCUCAACCUACUCCUACAGCCUCUCAACAACCUCAGCAAGGUGCGACUGUGGUAGGACAAAGUCCACAGGUGGUGCUUCCAUUGGAAUCCCAAACUUCUCAGUCUAAUGCUACUGCUGCCCAGACUGCUGCUAGUAUACAACAGUCUGUUGCUAGCAAUAUACAUAAUAAUUUAUUUGGAUUUGUUUCAAAUUCUGCUGAGGGCCCCACCUCCAAUUUGGGAACUACCGAUAGCAGACUAUCAAGCCUUCAACUUCCCACUGGUAUUGGAGUUGGACAAGUAACUGCAAAUCCUGUCCAAGGUACUAAAGAGUGGCACCAAUCUGUUACGCCAGAUCUUCGGAACCAUCUUGUGCAUAAGCUUGUUCAAGCAAUAUUUCCGACUCCUGAUCCUCAGGCGAUGUUAGAUAAAAGGAUGCAUAACCUUGUUGCUUAUGCCAGGAAAGUUGAAGGUGAUAUGUAUGAAAUGGCGAAUUCAAGGUCCGAAUAUUAUCAUCUUUUGGCUGAGAAGAUUUAUAAAAUUCAGAAGGAAUUAGAGGAGAAACGACAGAAAAGAAAAGAACAGCAGCAGUUGCAGCAGCAACAGCAACAGCAGCAGGUUCAAUCACAGGCUCAGGUACAAGCCCAGACACAGGCAGUUGUCCAAAGAGCAAGGGGAAUGGUUGCAGGUGCUGUACCAGUCGCAGUUGUUCCUCCACGGCAAGAUCCUACUCAACCUCUCCACUCACAAUCACCAGGAAUAGGCAUUGGAGGUAACAGGAUAGGGACCCAAAUGGGUCCGAGUCCUAGUGGUCCUGCUUCACAGCAAAGCGUGACUGGUUUGUCUCCAUUUGCUGCAAAUCCUCCUUCUGUUCCGCCGACAACCACUAGUCAAUUUCAGAACACUAAUCAUCAGUUUCAGGCCAAUGCUCGAUUACCAAACACUGCCCAAACCUCACCUGCUUUUGGCCUACAUCCGUUCCCUUCACCUCAGCAAGUCUCUGCUCCUGCAAGUCAGACUAACAAUGGGAGAGUGCCAUCUCCUCCUUCAUCACCAAUGCCGAGUCCAACUGUUGCACCAUCUCCAUCAAUGGGAAAAUUUUCCAACCAUACUCCUCCUUCUUCCCUCGCUCGAACUCAGCAAUCAAGUAGUAAUUCUUAUUCAAGUCAGAUGGCUGCUAUAACUGCUUCUCUCAACAGGGAUGAAGAUUCACCUACAUCAAAUAACAACCAAACCAGUAGGGGUAAAGGAGAUAUUAAACUGGAGCCAGAUGAAAUGAAAGAAGAUGAAGAUGGUGAAAGAGGGAGUGGAAAAGGAAUUGGCACAGGAAAAAUAAAACAAGAACCUAUGGAUGAUAUGCCAGCUAAAGAUGAAAUCAAAGAAGAACCUAAGUCACCAAAAGUUAACGACGCACCUGAUGUAAAACCAACCGUUGUACCUGAACCAAUACAGCAGGGUGUCGGAAUGGAUAAGAAGAAAAAAUGUUUAUUUAAGCCUGAUGACCUGCGACAAGCAUUAAUGCCAACUUUAGAAAAACUGUAUAGACAAGACGAAUCGUUACCCUUUAGACAGCCUGUAGAUCCUCAAUCUCUUGGUAUUCCUGAUUAUUUUGAUAUCGUAAGGACACCAAUGGACUUAUCGACAGUGAAGAGGAAACUUGAUACAGGGCAGUACUCAGACCCAUGGGAGUAUGUCGAUGAUGUUUGGCUAAUGUUCGAUAAUGCUUGGUUGUAUAACAGAAAAACCUCUCGUGUUUAUAGGUAUUGUACAAAGUUAUCAGAAGUUUUUGAACAAGAAAUUGAUCCUGUGAUGCAAGCCCUGGGUUAUUGUUGUGGCAGAAAAUACACCUUCAACCCUCAAGUCCUCUGUUGCUAUGGAAAACAACUAUGCACGAUUCCAAGAGAUGCGAAAUAUUACAGCUACCAAAACAGAGGAUAUGGUGUUUCCUGUGAUAGAUAUACCUACUGCCACAAGUGCUUCAAUGACAUCCCUGGGGACACAGUUUCGCUUGGAGAUGAUCCUUCCCAGCCCCCAACUGUGAUAAAGAAAGAUCAGUUCAAAGAAAUGAAAAAUGAUCAUUUGGAACUUGAACCUUUCGUUGAAUGUACUGACUGUGGGAGGAAACUUCAUCAAAUUUGUGUCUUGCAUAUGGAAAAUAUUUGGCCUCAAGGCUUCACUUGUGAUAAUUGCUUAAAGAAGAAAUCAGCCAAACGGAAAGAUAAUAAAUUUAAUGCUAAGAGAUUACCCACAACAAAACUGGGUACAUACAUUGAAACAAGAGUCAACAAUUACUUGAAAAAGAAGGAAGCAGGAGCUGGUGAAGUGGCCAUUAGGGUAGUUGCUAGCUCUGAUAAAAUUGUCGAAGUGAAGCCUGGAAUGAAAAAUAAAUUUGUUGAAAAUGGUGAUCUACCCGAUCAAUUCCCUUAUCGUGCAAAAGCUCUUUUUGCUUUUGAGGACAUUGAUGGAACAGAUGUAUGUUUCUUCGGCAUGCAUGUGCAGGAAUAUGGUUCGGAAUGCCCAACACCUAACACGAGGCGGGUUUACAUAGCCUAUCUUGACUCCGUCCACUUCUUUAGGCCAAAGCAGUAUAGAACUGCUGUUUACCAUGAAAUUCUCUUAGGCUAUUUAGACUAUGUUAAACAACUAGGGUAUACAAUGGCACAUAUUUGGGCUUGUCCUCCAUCAGAAGGUGAUGAUUAUAUAUUCCACUGUCAUCCUCAAGAACAAAAGAUUCCUAAACCUAAAAGGCUUCAGGAGUGGUACAAGAAAAUGCUAGAUAAAGGGAUAAUUGAACGGAUAGUUCUUGACUAUAAGGAUAUAUUAAAACAAGCUAUUGAAGAUAAAUUGAAUUCAGCUGCUGAACUGCCAUAUUUUGAAGGUGAUUUUUGGCCAAAUGUUCUCGAAGAAAGUAUCAAAGAACUCGACCAGCAGGAAGAAGAAAAAAGGAAACAGGCGGAGGCUGCCGAGGCUGCUAUUUUUUCUCUUCAGGAAGAAAAUGAAAUUGGACCUGAUGGUAAAAAGAAAGGGCAGAAAAAAGCCAAAAAAUCAAAUAAAUCAAAAGCGAAUCAGAGGAAAUCAAAUAGUAAAAAAUCAAAUACUCCUCAGACCGGAAAUGAUCUCUCUGCUAAAAUAUUUGCUACUAUGGAAAAACACAAAGAAGUAUUUUUUGUUAUUAGGCUACAUUCUGCUCAAAGUGCUGCCAGCUUAGCGCCAAUUCAAGAUCCAGAUCCUUUCAUUAAUUGUGACCUGAUGGAUGGCCGUGAUGCUUUCUUAACAAUGGCCCGAGAAAGGCAUUAUGAGUUUUCUUCAUUACGAAGAGCAAAAUAUUCAUCUAUGGCUAUGCUGUACGAGCUCCAUAAUCAAGGGCAAGACAAAUUUGUUUACACUUGUAAUAACUGUAAAGCCCAUGUUGAAACUCGUUAUCAUUGUACAGUAUGUGAUGAUUUUGAUUUAUGUGUGACUUGUUUCGAAAAAGAUGGACAUCCACAUAAGAUGGAAAAACUUGGUUUAGAUAUCGAUGAUGGGUCAUCACCUGCAGAUCAGAAACAAGCUAAUCCUCAGGAGGCUAGGAAGUUAUCUAUUCAACGUUGUAUUCAAUCAUUGGUUCACGCAUGUCAAUGCAGAGAUGCGAACUGUAGGUUACCAAGUUGCCAGAGAAUGAAACGUGUAGUUCAGCACACAAAAGUUUGCCAAAGAAAGGCUAAUGGCAAUUGUCCUAUUUGUAAACAGCUCAUCGCACUCUGUUGUUACCAUGCUAAAUAUUGUCAAGAAACCAAGUGUCCAGUGCCUUUCUGCUUGAAUAUCAAGCACAAGAUGAAGCAGCAACAGUUGCAACAGCGCCUCCAACAAGCCCAGCUUCUCAGGAGAAGAAUGGCCGUAAUGAAUACAACAAGAGGUGGAGGGGGCGGUGGUGGUGGGGGUCUAAGUGGGGGGGCCGUGAGCCCUGGUGGAGCCGGACCCCCUGCCCUCAUGGCCCCCCAGCCAACUCACCAGUCACUUGGUCUCAAGCCUGGUUCUCAGACCCCUCCUGCCAACGUCCUACAGGUUGUCAAACAGGUUCAGGAAGAAGCAGCGAGGCAGCAAGCGCCGCAGGCAGCCCUCAGUUACCCAGGAAAAGUUGCUCCUCAGCAGCAAGUUAUGCCUCCUCCUGGCCAGCGAGGGGGUAUCCAGCAAGUGCCCGGACCUCCUCUCAUUCCUCCUAUCGAGCAAUGGACAACAACAAGGUAUCAAAAUCAGGUAGGCAUGCCUACAACACCUGGACAAAGGCCUGGAAUGUUACCAGGAGGUGGUAGUGCGAUGCCACCGGGUGCUGCUGCUGUUCCUGCAAUGAGAGGGCAAGCUCAAACACCUGCCGUCCAGAAGCAAGUACUACAGCAGCUUCUACAGACAUUGAAGAAUCCUACCACUCCUGAUCAGCAACAGCAGAUACUACAUAUAUUAAAAACUAAUCCGCAACUGAUGGCUGCAUUUAUAAAGCAAAGACAGCAAGCUCAGCAACAGCAGGCUGCUGCUGCAGCUGCAGCUGCUGGUGGAGGUGGAGUUCAGCAGAAUCAAGCAGUUGCUGGAGGGGGUCAAGGUCAACAACAAACUGUUGGACAGCAGCAGAUUCAGCAGCAUCUUCUGCAACAACAGAACAGGCUGCAACAUAUGCAAAUGUUAAGCCAGCAACAGCAGCAGCAGCAGCAGGUUAGUCAGCCAACAAACCAGCAGCCUAAUCCACAUCAUCCUAACUGGUACAAGCAACAGCAACUACUAGCGAUGCAGCAGAGGCAGCAACAGCAACAAUUUCCUCCAGGUUAUCAGACAGCAGCAGCAGCAGCUGGACAAGCGGCUAGACUUGGUGGGGUACGUUACCAAGGCUUCGGUGAUGGACAAUAUUCAGCUGUAAGCAGUAAACCUGUCGCUUCACCUGUAAUGGGCCCACCCAUGCAACAGACCGGCCAACCUCAAAUGAUGCGGUCACCUCCUCCUAUCAGAUCACCACAGCCAAACCCUAGCCCUCGGCCUGUUCCUUCCCCUCGACCAGGCCCGUCUCCAACGACAGAUAUGAUGCUCUCCCAUAUCUCCCACCAUCAAUCCCCUGCCCAACCCUCCCAGCAAGACCCCAACGAUCUCACGCCUCAGGAUCAACUAUCGAAGUUUGUUGAACAAUUGUAGUAUAUACAGUAAGUUAGUGUGCUAUGUACUUAAAAAUUCGUUGUGUGUGCUUGCUGGACAAUUUUUUACCUCGCUGACAUCGAAAAGUUCCUCAGAUCAUUGAGGAGAACAACUCUUUAAUAAAGUUUCCCAAGUGCUAUUUUUACUUCUCUCUCGUUCUCUUGGACAAAUGUGUUAUAUUUAUUUCUGUAUAGUAUAUUUAAAAACGAAUGUUUAUUCUUUGACUUUAUUAGGAUGAAAACAUUUCAAUAUUGGAAAUGUUAGUUUAUAUAGGUUUUAUCUAAAGCGAAACUGUACAUUUUGUUUAUAUCAUGUAAAUAUAAUAUAUAUGGGGUUUAUAUUGUGACAUUCUAAACCCGUUGAGUUAGUAUCUAUACUAUUGAUAUUAUAAUUUUAUAUAAAUUAAAUAAUACCUAAGAAAUUUAAGGGUUUAGUUUGAGUCUUUUAUUACAAAUAAAUACUUGUAAAUAUGUCGAGAAUAGAGAUUAUUGUUAUGUACAUAUUCUAAAAGAUUGCCAAUGAAUAUAUAUUGUCUUAUGUUUAAAAUAUAAUGUACAUAUUUAUAGAUAUUAAUAUAAUUGAAGUUGUUUUUUUACAAAGAGGUCGUAGCUAGCCAUAGAAUAUCGAAUGGCUUUUAACAAUCUAGUAUAUCGGCUUACAAGGCUGUGUUGUGAUGUUGGGUGAUGUUGAUUGUUUUUGAAGUUAAUCUUACUCAUAGACAGAUCAAUCCAAUGUAAAUAAGAAUAUUAUUGAAAAGUGCUAUACUGUUAGUUUGUUUACAUUAAAUAUUGAUAUACACCAAUUAAUUUUAUUUUUUUUUAAAUAGACCUUUUUAAGACAUAGAAGUAGUUUUAAUGAGCGUUCGAUCUCUUUCCUGACCCUUUUUUGUUCAUAUUUCAAUGUCGGAUUGAACAUAAAGAGUCACAUGUUAUUUUUUUAUAUAUAUAAACAUGUAUACAUAUAUAUAUUUAUUGUAUGUAUAAAACUAUAGCCUGUGUAUGAAGCUUUUUUACAUUUUGUACAGAUAGGAAGUAGAAGAGGCAGUGUUGACAUUGGUUACUGACAUGUGACCUUCUAGUUUCAAAACUAGCGAAUAUAUUAUAUAUUUAUCUAUGCUCACAUCUGCCCUUAAUUUCCAUUUAAAAUUUUAAAGUAAAUUAUACAAAAAUAUAAAGACGGAUAUUAAGUGCAGCAUUCUGUAACCACUGUCAUAUCAGCCUUUUCGCAGUCAUUUAUGCCAUUUAGCAUAAAUAAGUUCCAGUUAAUUUUAUUUUUAUUUUGACACAUUUUGUUAAUUUUCAUUGUAUAUUAUAUAUAUAUGUAUAUGUCUACUACAUCACCAAGUUGGAAUUUGAAAAAUGCAUAAUCAAAAAAAAAACUUUGUGAAACUGAAGACAUUCCUAAUUAUUGGGUCUUGAAAUUUGCCUUUGUAAAUCUUGUACAAAUAAUUUAUUUGAAAGUUAAUUUUUCAAGUUCCAAAAAAAAAUUUCAAAGUUUUGAUUCGAAUUCUUUGAACAAAAACUUAUUCCUAGAAUAGUAGUACUGUCUAUAAUGUUCAGAUAAUUAUUGAACAGCUUCUUCCUAUUUCCAUAAAUGUAUUUAUUUCAUUUGUAUAAAGUUGAUUUAAAUAAAAAAUAGUUAACUUUGAAAAAAAAAUGUCAAUUAAAUUUUCACAAUUUGCUAGCACAUUUUACUCGGCACAUUUUAAAUGUAACCAUUCAUUCUUCAAUUAUUGCUCCACUAGUUUCUAUAUAUUACAUAUCUAGACAUUACACAACAGGAAUAUAAACGUGAUAUGGUUGUGUAACUGAUUAACUUAUUUAUAUGAUACAAAAGGUAGAUUAAUACAGGUUUGCAUUAAUUGCGUGCCUUUUUAUUGUUUUUCUUUAUUAUUUUUAAUAAUUGAUUACUUUUUAAGGUGUAAGUACUACAUUGUGUAAAAUGUGUUCCUAUGUUUUUUUUUUCUUUCUUUUUCUUUUUUUAAUUAAAUUUAUUAAAGUGUCUGGUGUUAGUAAAAAUUUUCAGUUUAAAUGAAUUUUGUGUGAUAUUGCUUUUCAGUAUUAUUGAAAUACCAAAAUAUGAUGGUGAUGUUUAACUUCAGUGGACGUAAGCUCAAUUUGUAUAUAUCAUUGUACAUUUAAAAAAAUUAAAAAGAAAAUUUAAAAAAAAAAUCCAAGCAAUCUAAAAUACUUAAGGUAUUGUAAAUAAUAAACAGGAAUAUUUAUUUCAGUUUUAUGAAUUGUUUUAAAGGCAAUUGAUAAAGGUACUUUGUUGUCUUAUGUAUAAAGGUACGGUAGUUUUCAUAAAAUAAACACAAGAAUGUAAAAAGUUUAUUGAUUUAAAAAAUAGAUAAGUUUUUUCUGAACUUGUUGACCUUGAAUAUUAAAUAUAAUUAAAUGUUUGUACAUUAUAAAUUUAACAUAAUAAAAAAAAAAUGUGGGGUCAACAUAAUUUUUAGAUCUCUCAACCUUCCUAUGUUGAAAGAAUUAUGAAAACUUAACGUAAUAGACCCAAUUAUUAGAUUAUUUUUAUAGAAGGUAUUUUAUGAUUAUGGGUUUCAACAUCUAUUCUUUGGAUCAAGAAAUAAUUACAUUUGUCUGUCAUAUGAACCAUAACCUGAAUUGAAGGUUACAUUUAUUUGUAUUGACUGUUUCAUUAACAGAAACUCUGGAUUUUUAUACAGCAAAUAAAAACCUAAAAUAUGAAAUCUUUUUAAUGUAAUUUUAUGAUUAAAAAGCCAUGAUAGAAAAAUAAAAAAUAACUAUUUUCCAG